GAACUUAACAGAUAGCAUCUCUUCACGUUGUGCAACACUCGAAACCAAUUAAUUCAAUUAGUUCAACUAAAACAAUAUCAAGAUGGCAAAGUCAGGGUACGCAAAGGGAGCAAACAGUGGUCACGUCCUCACUGAGAGACCAAAGAAGGUCAAGCCUUCGCACCGAAAGGGGGUAAGUAACGCUCCUUCGACAGCGUCGAACACAUUCGUCGUUUAUCAGAGCAAGGCUCUUAAUGUUGUCUGAAGACUGUUGAAGUGAACAAGUGUUGCUCACGCACUUUUUUCUUCCGUCAAUAACCUACUCUCAGAGCGCAAGCAAGCGAACACUUUUGUGCAGAGAACUUGCUCGCGAGGUUGUUGGACUUGCACCAUACGAGCGUCGAAUUUUGGACAUGAUCAAGACUGGAGGAUCUGCUGCCGACAAGCGCAUUUACAAAUUCGCCAAGAGACGUCUUGGUUCCCACAAGCGUGCGUUGGCGAAGAGAGAAGACAUUAAGGAGUUGAAUUCCAAGAUGAGAGCCCGCGCAGCCGGUGCCAAUUAAAGAAACCCCGUUAUAUUAUAAACACCUCGAAACCUUGACAGUUUUUCUCCGUUCUGAAACGUGAAAGCAUUUACAACAAUCAUCGUCCACCUAAGUCAAGUUCAUCACGAGAGAAUCUCAGAUUGAUCCAACGAUUUUGAGGGAAUGAUAAUAUGUCCUUUCGAAAUAAUUUCUAGUCGUUUUCGUAGAACACUCAUUUUUGUCGUCGUGUUUCCGGUCGUUUACGGGAACUCAGUGCAAGAUUAGAUGCCUUUCCAUCAGCAUAUUUGUUCGGUAGACAAAGUUCGGAGCAAUUACUUCAAUACUCAUCUAGGUAGAAAUGUUUGUAUAGAACUUGCUUCUACUUUUCUCUGAACAUGUAAAUGAAGGAUUGCAUCGGAUUGGGAGAUGUCAUUUUGAAUUCGAUUGAUAGUGUCAGAUGAAAUCACAAUAAUUAUAGAGAGCAACU